CCCCCGCGGCUGGGCGCGGUGGCGGCGCUGCGCCCCAGGGCGGAGCGCUGCUGCCUGGGCGCGGCCAUGGCGGCGCCGCUUGUGCUGCUGGGCCGGCGGCGCCUGCGGCGCGGCCUCCGCGCGCUGGGUCGCGAGGGGGCGAGGCGCGGCUGGCGCGAGGCGGUGGCGAAGCUGGCCGAUGCGCGCCGAGCGCGUCGGGAGCGUCAGGCGGCGGCGGAGCUGGCCGAUGCGCGCGGGUCGCGCUUGGCAUUGAACGUGAGGUCGUACGAUGAUGCCAUCAGGGCGUGCGAGGCGAAUUGGCAACGCGCUGUGGAGCUGUUUCGCGACGUGGUCGAGGCUGGGCUCGAGCCAACCUCGUACACGCUGACCUUCGCCAUGCGCGCCUGCAGCCGGGCGGAGCAGUGGGAAGAAUCGCUGGCCCUCCUGAACUGGGCGCGGGAGCUGGGCGUGGAGGUUGGGGUCUUCGCCUACGCGACGGCGGUCUCCGCGUGCGCCGGCGCCGCGCGGUGGGAGCUGGCGCUGGCGCUGCUAGCAGAGGUGCAGCGCAAUGGGCUUCAGGCGGACGAGAUGCUUUACAACACUGCGAUGAGUGCCUGUGACAGG